AUGGAGCGUGAUCAAACACGAUUCCGAUUACCAUUUCAUGAGCCUGCAUCGAUUUUCUGGGAUGAGACCGAUGAUCGCUUUCUUGUCUGCCAUGCUCAAGCUUCUUCUCAACACGUUGGUGACGAUAUGAUACUAACCAUGUUUGUUACCUCUGACCAUGGGAUGCACUUGCAAGACUUGUCUCGCAAGUCAUCCGCUUCAGAUGCACUAAUCGGCGUUUCUGUUCCAAAUCUCUAUUUUACAAAAAAGAUGGAGUUUGAUGAAGAAGAGGUUAGAGGCGAAAAAUCUAUAGGUCGCUUCCUAAUAGCUCGGUCUUUGCGGGAGUUCUCAGGCGUUGAAAACUGCGAUGACGCAACAAGGAAGGGAAUGAUGGAUUUCUGCUAUUAUCUUAGUAUUGGACAAAUGGAUGAUGCUUUCAAAGCAAUUCGAUUUAUUAAGAGUGAAAGUGUCUGGGAGCAUAUGGCGUCAAUGAGUGUGAAGACUCGUCGUCUAGACGUUGCGGCCGUCUGCUUGGGAAACAUGAAGAAUAUUAGAGGAGCAAGGGCGCUGCGAAAGGCACAAGAGGCAGGUGAAAGCGAAGCUCUACAGUGCGCAGCAUUAGCCGUGGAACUUGGAAUGUUGGUGAGUGCAGAGAUUGUCGCACAGACGAUUUUACAGUAA